GUCAAGCUGAUUCUGUCGCGUGUGUGGCACGUGCCACCAGGCAUCGUCUGCCUCGUGCUGCUCUCCCUGCUGGCGGCCUCCACCGUGGCCUCGGUCAUCCAGGACGGACAAGCUCAACGGCACCAAGUGCAAGGACCAGAUGUCGCCGCUGAGCUCCCCUUGUCCUCCCAAGGUCAAGCUGCAGCUGUCCUGACGGCCGACGCAGUGCCUUGCGCGCAUGACGGCCCUGCACGCUCACGCAUCGGCGAUGACAGAUGGAUUAAGCGUGCGGGGCGUGUUUCCAAGCCAACGUUUUCAACUGUGCGGGAAGAGUCUCCACCCUUCGACCACCGCGUCCGGCCCACCAGUCGAGUGAGGAGGGACGGGCUCGAUAGGUGGCGAUUCCUUCCCUCCCUUGCAGUGCCGCCGUCGGCUGCGGCAUGCGGCCGCGCGGAACUUCUAAUUGGUAGACCUGCACGCGGGCGCUCGGAACCGGAGUCCAAAAGCGAGCCGACGCGACCGUGUGUUGAUUGUGCGUCGCGGCUUCCAAGGCGAGUGGGGGCGUUGUAA